AUGCGCGCGCGCGCAGUGGCUCUGAACGUCCACACCUACAGCGCCCUGCUCAACGUGUGCCUGAAGAGCAACGAGCUGGACCUGGCGCUCGACAUUUACCAGCAGAUGCUGUCUGAGGGCGUGACGCCCAACCUGGUGACGUUCAACACGCUUCUGGAUGUGUACGCCAAGACGGGCCACUUUGCGGAGGCCCUGGGGGUGCUGGACCAGCUGGAUAUGCAGGGCAUCUCCCCGGAGCCGCGCACCUACCACACCGUCGUCACGGCCUGCAACAUGUGCGGCCGCUUCAGAGAGGCGCUGACUGUGUACGAGCGCAUGCUGUCCAAGGGCGUCGAGCCCAUGCCCGCCACCUACAACGCCGCCGUCUGCGCGCUCGCGCGCCUCGGCCACCUGUCGGCGGCGCUGGCGCUGCUGGGCGCGGCCGCGGCCAAGGGCAUAGACCGCUCCGUCGCGACCUACGCGGCGCUGCUCGCAGGCUGCGAGGAGCCCGGCAGGUGGGAGCUCGCGCUGGAGCUGCUGCAGCGCAUGCAGGAGGAGGGGCUCAAGCCCACCACCGCCUGCUUCAACUCGGCCAUCAACGCCUGCCUCAAGGCCUGCGUGAGCGUGGGCAACUGGGAGCAGGUGCAGCCGCCGCCGCCGCCGCCCUGCAUCGCUCAAAACAUCAUCGCCCCGCUCGGCGCCGCCCACCCAUGCUCGUCCUUCCGCAGGCGGGCAGCCCCAGUACGGGGAGCUGCUGUUUGA